AUGCGAUAUGCGGCACCGCCUCUAGGAAACCUGCGCUUUCGAGCUCCGCGGGAGCCUGCCCAUAAUUCCACUCUACAAGAUGCAACGGAUUUCGGCCCCAUAUGUGUCGGAACGGGCGAGAGUGCCACAUCGACGAGAGCGGAGGAUUGCCUCUUUAUCAACGUGUUCACUCCUUCUAACGCCACCACACAUUCCAAACUGCCCGUGUGGGUGUUCAUCCAGGGAGGUGCUUAUGCGUCCGAUUACAAUGCCAACUACAACGGGACCGAGGUCGUCCAGGAAUCCGGGAACAAUAUCAUUUUUGUCAACCUUAAUUAUCGCGUGGGAGCGCUUGGAUUCCUAGCGGGCAAGGAAGUUCAAGAACAUGGUGAUUUGAAUGUUGGCUUACUGGAUCAGCGAAAGGCAUUACAGUGGGUGAAGAACCAUAUUCGUCAGUUUGGCGGCAAUCCGGAUCACGUCGUUAUACAUGGUCCAUCAGCCGGUGGUGGCUCAGUCUCGUUCCAUCUCACGGCGUAUGGAGGCCGGAAUGACGGCCUUUUCGUGGGCGCCAUUCCAGAGAGUCCCUGGUUGGCUCCUCAAGUCACAAUCUCCGAGUCUGAGAUACUCUACGGCCGCUUACUCGCGGCCGUGGGAUGCUCGACACUCGCGUGCUUGCGCUCGGCGGAUGUCUCUGCCGUUCAGCAAGCCAACUUGAGUGCACCAAAUGAAGGCUCGAUCAGCUAUCCUGCUGGACUGGGAAAGUUCUGGCCGGUCAUAGACGGCGACCUAGUCCGAGAUCGACUCUACGCUCUCUUCGAGCAGGGGAAGUUCAUUGGGGUGCCGGUGAUGGUGGGCAGCGAUACGGAUGAAGGCUCCUAUUUUGCCUAUAAUGCCACCAGUCCGGCAGAGGUCUCAAUCUUCUUACGGAGUUUCUAUCCUCAUCUGAGCCCCAAGCAGCUGCAGGCCAUUAACGAUGCAUACCCUAAGAUGGACCCGGUCCCGCAACAUGCAGCAUACUUUCCCUCGGCUUCGGCUGCCUUUGGUGAUGCGACCAUCAUAUGUCCAGGGAUUCAUAUCACUGGAAGCAUGGCGGAAUUUCUCAAAGACAGGUCUGACAGUGUCUGGAACUACCGCUAUAAUGUCCAGGAUCCACCGAGGAUCGCUGCCGGGCUAGGUGUCACGCACACAUUUGACCUCCCGGCCAUCCUCGGACUGAAUUAUGGAGGUGAUGUCGGCAGUAGCAUGAGGAAUAUAAAUGCCCCGAUCAUUCCGGUUGUGAUGCACUACUAUAUCAGCUUCAUAAGAACGUUGGACCCGAAUCUGCUCAGGGUUGAUGGCGCUCCAUUCUGGAGGCCCUGGGGUGCUGGAGAAAGAUUGAAAAUACAGACAAAUGCAACCGUCAUGGAGAAAAUAUCAGACGUCCAACGCAAUCGGUGUGAUCUGUGGAAAAGGUUGGCACCAGUGUUGGAGGUUUAA